GAUUAAGUGAUUGUAGUUUAAAAGUUGAUUGACUUUUGUUGUUCCUCCACAGACAUGUUGGUAGUGCUCUACUUGCUGUUGAUCUGCUUUGAGCUCACACUGAGUGCAGUCUUCCUGGAGCAGGCGUCAGCAGGUCAGCUCCUCCACUCCUCCAGGGGGCGUCGUGCCAACUCCUACUUCCUAGAAGAGAUGCUUCCAGGCAACCUGGAGAGGGAAUGUUACGAGGAGAAGUGCUCACAGGAGGAGGCCGCAGAGAUCUUCCAAACCAAUGAGAAGACUCUGGAAUUCUGGUACAGAUACACAAAUUUGAACCCGUGUCAGACCAGCCCCUGUCUCAACGGAGGGAUCUGCACUCUUGACCGAGGAGACUUCCUGUGCCUCUGUCCUCCACAGUACCAUGGCAAGACCUGCGACACAGUGGUGUUGAAGUGUCACUAUAGAAACGGGGGCUGUAUGCAGUACUGUUUGGACCUGGUGGGCAGAACAGGAGUCCAGUGUGGCUGCGCUGAUGGAUACAAACUGGAAUCUGAUGGACACAGCUGCUUCAAUACAGUAACUUUUCCCUGUGGCCGUCAGAAGAAUGAGGCAGUUUAUCAUUUCCGAUCUCUCUCAAGUACCUCCACUAAGCUGAACAUCUCCAUGGGGCUUGAUGCUGCCAUGUUGGACUCCAUCGACUGGACCAACUCAACAGAGAGUGAUCAUCUGGUGGAAAAUAUAACGUCUGUCCAAAGAUGGUGGAACGGGACAGAAAGGGACUCAGCAUCAACUGAUGACUUCAAUGCCCGCAUAGUGGGUGGGUUCCUGGAGAAGCGAGGAGGGAGUCCCUGGCAGGUUCUAAUCCACAGGUCUGAUGGUUAUGGGUUCUGUGGCGGCACUCUGGUUUCGGAUCGUUGGGUUGUUUCUGCUGCUCACUGCUUCCAGGAGGAGCCACAUCAUGUCACAAUAGGGGACUAUGAUAAGAGUCUUCCUGAUCCAGGUGAGCAACUGGUGAAGGUUGAGAAAGUGGUGAUUCAUCCACACUUUCACUCAUUCACCUUCGACAGUGACAUCGCUCUCCUCUACCUAAGCCAAGCUGUGGUCUGGAGUCCCACCGCCAUCCCCGCCUGCCUCCCUGACGCCCACCUCUCCAAAUAUCUCCUACGGGAGAAUAAUAGGGGCGUGGUCACAGGCUGGGGGGCAACACAGUUCCUAGGUCGCUCCUCACGUUUCCUCAGGAAGGUGACACUCCCAGUGGUCAGUCAACAGAACUGCAUGAAUUCAACUGAACAGGUGAUCACAGACAACAUGUUCUGUGCAGGAUACCUGGAGGCCAGUAUUGACGCCUGCAGUGGAGACAGUGGAGGACCCUUUGUGGUCUACUACAGAGGUACCUGGUUUCUGACUGGUGUGGUGAGCUGGGGUGAAAAAUGUGCUGCCAGAGGGAAGUACGGCGUCUACACCCGCCUGGGGAACUUUCUGGGCUGGAUCCACGACAUCAUGGAGCAACAUGACAAGAACAUCACCGAGAGCUGAGCCAGAAACCAAAAGAGCCAUCUGAGCUUUCUGGUGCUUGUAAUAGAAAACUUAUUUUUGUUUUUGUGUCCAUUU